AUGUUAGUUCACGAACUAACACAAUCUCUUGACCAAGACAUCCGUGGUUCUAAUGUCAUCAUCAAAUUAGACAUGGAAAAGGCUUUUGAUAGGAUCGAGUGGAAUUUCCUUACCGAAGUACUUCGACGCUUCGGAUUCACCGACGAGUUCAUUGACCUAGUUGAUGCAUGCAUUAGGGAGAACCAUUUCUCCCUAUUGGUGAACAGCACUUCCACACCUUUCUUCACAACCACGAGAGGGUUACAACAGGGGGAUCCCUUAUCACCCACUCUCUUCAUAUUAGUUGAAGAAGCCCUUAGUCGAACCCUCUCCCGAGCGGUGACACGUGGGCUUAUUCAACCAUACCAUUCGAAGAGGGGUUGCCCGAUCAUAUCGCAUUCUUUGUUUGCGGAUGAUGCGAUACUUUUCCUUAAUGGGUGUGAAACAUCCAUCAAGGGACUCAUGACUAUCAUCUCCAGCUACGAGCGGGCCGCAGGUCAACUCGUCAAUGCCUCGAAGAGUAGCUUUAUAGUUGCAUCUUCUGCCACCAUUAGCACCAUAUGA